AUGUUGAAGUUUAAAUAUGUGAAUCAAGGAAGUCUGAAGUCGCUGUCUCCCUCCUCGGAUCCCAUCACCAUCCGCAGCUCGAGACUCAAUCAGGUGUUUCAGGUAAAGUCAUGUGUUAUCUCGAUGUCCUCCAUCUCUGUAGCGUACAGAAUACGUCUUCGUUGACUUUUUGCACAGUUAUCCACCAGCAGUAACUGCAAUAAUCUGACAUUCUGUACUGUGUUGUGUCCUCAGGGCCGAGUGGGCCUGAGUGGGCAGCAUGGAGGAUGCACUGUAGGUCGAGAGGAGCUUUUCGAGGCUCUUCUGCUGCUUUACCAAGAGUGCAGCUCCCCAGAGCUAAUGAAAAUACACCAUGUGGCAAACUUUGUCAACAAGUGUAAGUGUAACUUUAAAACACACAAGGAGGGAGAAGUUGAAAAAGUCAGAAUUCUUUCAGUUGAUGUAUUUAGUUUAUGUAAAAUUUGGUUCCUAAAAUGCACUUAUUUACUGUUUUGCAGUUGUUCUAGUUCAAUAUUACAGAUCCUGAAUGCAGAAGCUCUAACCACAAGCAAAUGGGAAACCUGAUUCAUAUAUUGUGGUUCUGCCCUGCUGUUAAUUUGUUUUUGAAAUAAGUUUGCAAGUUGAUUUGAAGAUUGUUAAUGUUAAUAUUUCGCCAUGUCCAGCGUUAUGUCUGUUGGGUCAGAGGGAUAAACAGCUGAAACCCAAACAGGAAAGGAAAACAGUUGGCAUAGCUUUUUUUAGCUGCCAAGAGAAUGAGUUUAUCUAAUUGGAAAAUUCCCAAACCAAAUUGUUUUUCUAUAGAAACCUUCUUGUCUGAGUUUUUAACCUUGUAAGCAUGGAGCGACUCACAGACAAACUGAAUGAUAAUAAAUCAAGAUCUGAGGUCAUUUGGAAACAGAUGCGAAAGGGUGAGUUGUCUUCACUAUCACUGUAGCGAUUUUCUUUGUUUUGAUGUACUGUGAUGCAAAGUGAAACAAAUAAGAUGUUUGUAACAUGUUGAGGCCUGAUUCAUCAUGUUUGCAAUGUACCUUGUAUGAAUGUCGAUAUCUUGUUAUACUCCCUUUCAAUAUAUGAAUUAUUACUUAAAUAGGAGCAUUAGGAGCAUGCACUAACCCCUCCUUUUUUUGUUGUUGUUUUGUCUUGUCUUAUGUUGUCGUGAGGUUGUUGUUUGUUGAGCAUUAUGGUCUUGUCUUGUGUUACCUAAAAUGUGAAUUUAAAAAAAAAAAAAAGCUCUAACCACAUGUCCACACAUCAACCACAAUGGUCAUACAGUCAUACAAUCAUACAAUCAUCAUCAUUGUUUUUUGAAGUGUCAUCUCUUUUUUUAGAUUUUUACUGUCAUCUUGGAAUAUCAUGAUAAUAGAUCUACUUAUUUAAUCUCAUUGUAACAAUAACAACAGGUUCCUCUUAUCACCAGAAGCUUUUUUGCCCUAGUAUAAGAUAAGUUGUUCUUGGGAAAACAACAAAAAUUAACUUGUACUCACAGCAAAACAAAGUCCUCUGUAAUAAUAAGCAAAUAAAACAUGAAAACAAUAUUAAUAUUCUCUCUUUGAUACCAGUCACAUCACAUCAUGUGACUUGAUGUGUAAUUAUCAUGCGCACAAUUUUACAUGCUUGUGUUUUUUUGCUUGGAUUCAUCAAACCUCUGUUUUUGUGUGUCUUGUUGAACAGUUUCUGAUGUGGUCUCAGAGCUGCAAUCCCUGCAGCCUUUGCUUCACGACUUUGAAGUUUGUGCAGUGGUGGGCCGUGGUCACUUUGCUGAAGUGAAAGUUGCUCGGGAGAAAGCAACCGGAGAUGUUUGUGCUCUGAAAGUUAUGGACAAGACAUUUCUACGCACUCAAGAAAAUGUAAGAUCUUUGUAGCUAAAAAUAUUCUUAAACAUAUUAAAAUGUGUAUUUUACCAGUCACUUAUUUUCAGUAUUUCCAUAAAGUUCCAUAAACAUAAAGUUCAUACAGAUUGCUAUGUUAUUAAUCAUGUUAGGGAAUACACAUGUGAAAAUAUACUGUAGUCAUAAACUGGAUUUCACAGAGUUGUUUUUCAUAAAGGUUGCACAUGACAGUUCAUUGCAACACUUCUGUGUCUUACUGAGGCACUCAACAAUAUUAAUGUUGUAAUCUUGUAAAUGUUUCAAGUAAUGCAUAUCCUUUUUUGGUUAAAUGUGUCAAAAUACAAAGGUCAAGACAACUUAAAAAAACAACAACAUUGAUUUCAGCCACUGUCAAAGGCUAAAGUUUUGCUUACUUGCUGAUUCUGAGGCCUGAUCAGAAACUUGAGGCAGAUUUCUAAUGUCCAUGAAGUGUGCAUUCAAAACGAACUUUAAUGAAAACUCAGAUACAGACCACAAAACAAUCAUGACCCAAUAUUGAUAACAAAAAAGACGUAAUAUUGCAAAAGAAACACAUGUACAAUCUUCAUCUUAGGAACUGACCAAGUCCACAAAGUACUGUACCCCACAACACAUUUCUGUGGACUGCUGAUCCUGAAUUGCAGUGUUUAAAAGUCCCAUAAGAGGGUGCUGUAGGGUUGAAUUCAAAACCAAAAACUGGGUACAUGACUUCACAGCUGUGCUCUCUGUAAUGUGACUAACAGAACAAAUCUGAGUCAGAAUAGUACACGAGCUGCAGCAGGAAAGAAUCUGAAGUGAUUAGUACAAUAAAAAAAACUUGUAUUAAUAUGUAAAUAUCUGAUCACGUCAUUGGUGACAGAUUCGUGCAGUGCCACUCAUUUAAUUAGCAACAUCAACCAAAGCUAGGAACAAAAAGUCAUGAAGUCCUUCACUGAAAUUGUUGAAUAUACAUGAAUCAUGAUGCAAUUUAUAUAAAAGUAAUACUUAAUGUUAACAUUUACAUCCCAUUGAAGCUCAGAUGACUGUGCUUGAGACAGAAGACUUAAUUUGGCUGAUUUACAACUUGCUAAAAUAUUGUCGCAUUCCUGUAAAUGUUUUAAUGCUGAUUGCAGUUCAUUUCAAAUUUUGUCAGGUGGUUUUUCAUGAGGAGGAGCGAAGGAUCUUGGCUCUGAGCAGCAGUCCCUGGAUCCCUGAGCUUUUGUACGCCUUCCAGGAUAAAGAACAUGUCUACCUGGUAAGACUGCAGGGUUUUAUUUUUUUCCAUCUAGACUGAAUUGGCAGUUCUUCACACAUUUGCCCUUUUUGGAAGAUUAAUUUAGGAUUUGUUUGCAAAACUUGUGUGUCAAAAGAAAGUAAGGAGGUGAUCAAAUGCCAAAUAAAUUAGAUUAUAAUUUUGAUAGUUGGUGGUGCCAGAUAAUGCUGUGACAAAGGCGACAUUUUUGCCCUAUAAUGAAGAUGACGUACCUCAAGGUGUGUUUUAAACCACAUCAAUUUGACUGACCUAAAACUUGUAAUGAAAGGCCACGGCCCAUUGGUCUAGACUAAUAUUAUGCCAUGAAAUAUGUUUUUUUCAUUGCUGUUAUACAUCUUCAUGUUCUCUUCAUUAACCACAUACACCAGCCCAUAACCUUCUGAACACCAAGGCUAUCUAAUGCAAUCCAGUACAACGACUCUACCACAAAUUCUAUUAACAUUAAGCCUCUAAAUUUUCAGUUUUUAUGGACACGAUCAGACAGGUAAUUGUACUUAUAUUUAUUAUUGAAGACAGUGGAUGGUGAUAGUGUGCUGAAGUGUGUAAUAUUAGAAGGUGUUUCUUAUACGAAAAUUGUUAUAAACGUAAAUAAAAACAGAAUACAAUGAUUUGCAAAUCCUUUUCAACCUGUAUUUAAUUGAAUACACUACAAAGACAACAUAUUUAAUGUUCAAACUCAUAAACUUUAUUUCUUUUUGCAAAUAAUAAUUAACUCAGAAUUUCGUGGCUGCAACAUGUGACAAAGUAGUUGGGACAGGGGCAUGUUUAGCACUGUGUUACAUCACCUUUCCUUUUAACAACACUCAAGAAACGUUUGGGAACUGAGGAGACUAAUUGUUGAAGCUUUGAAGGUGGAAUUCUUUCCCAUUCUUGCUUGAUGUACAGCUUCAGUUGUUCAACAGUCUGGGGUCUCUGUUGUCGUAUUUUACGCUUCAUAAUGCGCCACACAUUUUCAGUGGGAGACAGGUCUGGACUGCAGGCAGGUCAAUUGAGUACCCGCACUCUUUUACUAUGAAGCCACGCUGUUGUAACACAUUCAGAAUGUGGCUUGGCAUUGUCUGGCUGAAAUAAGCAGGGGCGUCCAUGAAAAAGACGUUGCUUGGAUGGCAGCACAUGUUGCACCAAAACCUGUAUGUACCUUUCAGCAUUAAUGUUGCCUUCACUGAUGUGUAAGUGACCCAUGCCUUGGGCACUAAUGCACCCCCAUACCAUCACAGAUGCUGGCUUUUGAACUUUGCAUCGAUAACAGUCCGGUUCGACUAUUUGCUCACGCAGUUGUUCACAAAGUGGUGAGCCUCGCCCCAUCCUUGCUUGUGAAUGAGUGAGAAUUUUUGGGGAACCUGAUUUUAUACCCAAUCAUGGCACCCAGCUGUUCCCAAUUAGCCUGCUCACCUGUGAGAUGUUCCAAAUAGGUGUAUGAUGAGCAUUCCUCAAAUUUCUGUGUUUUUUGCCACCUUUCCCAACCUCUUUGUCACGUGUUGCAGCCAUGAAAUUCUGAGUUAAUUAUUAUUUGCAAAAAAAGUUUAUGAGUUUCAACAUUAAAUAUCUCGUCUUUGUAGUGUAUUCAAUUGACUAUAGGUUGAAAAGGAUUUGCAUAUCAUUGUAUUCUGUUUUUAUUUAUGUUUAUCACAAUUUCCCAACUUCAAUGGAAUUGGGUUUUGUAUUUUUCACACUUCAUUAACAAACAUAAGGGGAGCAAAGUAUCAGGAACAUCUUUCAGCACAACACACUUAAGUUCACUAGCAACACCCACUACAACCAUAACAAUGAAUUUAAAGAAUAGUUAUCACUGUGAAGAUUUUAACAUGUUUAAUCUUCUUUCUUUUUUUCUUUUCUUUUUUUUCUUUUUUUUUUUUCAACUUUAUUUUUUCAAGUUUUUUUUGCACAAAACAUGGGUAUCGACAAUACAAUGACUACCACGGUAUGAAUACGAUGAAAAAUAGAAAGAAAAAAAACACAAAAUAAACAUGCACAUAUAUGCCAGUGCAUUUGAGCAACAUGUUUAAUCUUCUUGAAAGUUGAAUUUAUUGAAAAACUGUUGUAUUGGAUUGUAUUAUAUUCAUAAUUGUUUAAUAAGUUGGCUGGUUAGUGGAUGCUAUAUCACUAAUGGAAAUAUUUUGGCAUGCCAUCAAAACUACACUCAAGGGAAAUUAGGAUGUAAAUAUCAAAGAAUAUACACAUACAAAUGUAGAUGAGAUCAAUAUCUUUAGUCAGGAGGGGAAAAGAAUCCACCACCUACAAUCUCCAAAGCUGGUCAAACUGGGUCCAGCUUUGGCUUCUUAAUAAGAACUCAAAUGUAUUUAAGUUUACAACCAGAUGGCUAUGUCAUCUAUUUCUACACGUGUUUUAUGCGCCUCAGUACAUAUUUUUUAUGUGUUGGUAGGUUUUAUUUUUCUCUUUUCUUUCACAACUGUGGUUUCCAAAAUGGGCAUCAGACGUUAGUUGCUGAAAGACAGUUGGAUCAGUCAGAAUAGUACAUGGACUGCUACAGGAGGACAUCUAAAGUAAGCAAAGAGAAAAAGUUCAUGUUGGAGAAAUGUUAUGAAUCCAGUAUGAGCAAGUUUCUGUCUGAAGAUUUCCAGCAACUUCAGAGUUGUUUUUUUUUUUUUUUUGGUGAGUUGUUUUAUUAGCUGGCAUGGUAGCCACUAAUUCAGUCAAGAGUCCCCAGGGUUUUUUUUCUGAUUAACAGCUGUUUUUUUUUUUUUAUACUUGCCCCCCACUGCAUAACACCAUUGAGGUGCUGCGUGCAGACCAAGCUUACUGCAAAUGAAACUUUGAAAAAAGGAAUAAAAAUACAACAGUCAAGGGCGUAAUUACAAUUUCUCCAGGCUUCCCAUGUAUUACCCAUAAGUGAAACAGCCCAUAGAUAUCUGUAGUUACUGUGGACAUUGAGAACUAAUUAACAAUAUGCUUUUUUGAUUCUGGUUAAGCAUGUAAUCAAGAAGCUUUUCCAAAAUGUUAAUGUCUCUCUAAUAGCCUAAUUGUCAGCCAUGAAGCCCAGUGUCAAUUUUCUACCCACAGAGAGCAUUUAGUGUAAUUAUCCUGAAGACUAUUAACCUCACACGGAAUCUAUAUUUUCCUCUGAUUACCUGUUAGACUGGCAAGAGACGUAGGAAAACGAUCCUGCUGCUUUUUCCUUAUCAAACCCUCUCUUUAUACCUCACUAUAAACCCCUGCAUGUAUUUCACCAGUUUUCCGUCCUCCCCUCUUUGCUCUCCCCCCUCUGUCUCACUCUGCUCCCUAACUGAGCAUGGAGGAAAAUACAAAGCAUCCAUCUUUACCCGUGUGUCAGAGAGGCACCCAGUCUCCCUGUUGCUAGGUAACACUGGAGAAUGCUCCCCUUCAUUCAGACUCACCGACCAUUCAUGCACCAGGGACUAUCGCCUGUUAAGGCUGUAUGGCUGCAACCAUAUAGCUCGAGUCAGCCUGACCAAUGGCUUUUGCCUAAGGCUGCAAGCAAAUAAACAAGCCCUGUGCCAAACAUGACCGAGGUUGAUAUGCUCAUUUGCAAACUUUGCACAUCCUAAUGACACAUUUGUUGUUGUUGCUGUUUUGUUUGUUCUUGUGGCGUGCUGCAUUUAAUGAUGUCUUGCUUUAACCAAUGAUAGUUGAGGCAAAAGCCUGUUGCAGUCAUUUCAGGUGUAUUUUUAGCUACUGAAGACCCAUCCUUUGACUGCAGUAUCAUAGACAAAUCUGAGAGAGUAUCCUGCGUUACAUAACUGAAUCUAUAAUGAGGAGAUCUAACCUAUAAGCUUCAGCUGAAUCGGGCUUUGAAGCUCAGAGACACACGUGCUCCUUCACUUGUUGCUUUAUGUUAAUUUCUAAAUAUAGACCAAUCCAUAGGCAUUCAUAAAUGUUUAAGCAGCUUGUGGGCACUAAUAAUCAUAAUCACAUUCAAUCCCACAUUCAAAGUUUCAUGUGUCGCCUAUAAUUUCAUGUUUCUCACUACAAAUGAAUGUGUUUUGCAGGCAAUGGAGUACUUGCCAGGUGGUGACCUGAUGUCCCUGAUGAACCGAUAUGAGGAUCAGUUUGACGAGGCCAUGGCUCAGUUUUAUUUAGCUGAGCUGGUUGAGGCCAUUCAUGCUGUACACCUGCUGGGCUACGUCCACAGGUACACUACCAGCUACAAAAUUCAACCUCUCAAUGAUAAUGGAUGAAUGUGUAAAAGCUUUGGGGAAAACAGCAAUCGCAGGAGCAGCGCUAGACAUCCUAAUUUGUGUUUUUUUUUUUUUUUUUACUAUUAAAUCCUCCCUUAAUAUUAUUCUUUGUUUGCCUUUUGUUUUCACUUGUGGGGCAAAUGCUCAUAAUUCAGAAGAACAUUAACUGGACAUGAGAAAUGAAGCAUUGUAAUUUAACCUGAAGCACUGAGUGUGAGUUAUGCAACACAAAAACAUUGCUGGAGUUUACAAAUGUAUUCCAUUAUCAUCAGAGUGGCAGACGUAUAACAGUACUCAGGCUACAAACAGCUCUGUAAAAGCACUAUCAAAUCCCUUCUAAACUAUCCACUUGCAGGGAUGUCAAACCAGAGAACGUUCUCAUCGAUCGGACCGGUCACAUUAAGCUGGCAGACUUCGGAUCAGCUGCCAGGCUGACUGCUAACAAAACAGUAAGUAGAUUACAGAGUUUGCUAUUACUUCAUUGUGUUUUAAAGUGACAUCAUGGUGUUUUAUUUGUGUAUUUUCAGGUUGCCGCUCCCACAGUGCCAGUCGGUACUCAGGACUUCCUAUCCCCUGAGGUUCUGGAAGCUAUGAAUGGGGGCUCGAACGGCUUCUAUGGGGUUGAAUGUGACUGGUGGUCUCUUGGGGUCAUAGCCUAUGAGAUGAUUUAUGCCAAGUCCCCCUUCUCUGGUGGAACGUCUACCAAAACAAUCCACAACAUCCUAAACUUUCAGGUACAUAAACUGACAUGAGAGCCUAAACUGAUCUUGCCACUGGUAAAAUCAGAUUUUCUGUUGUUCUGCAAUUUAAAAUUAAAUAGUAUACUUGUCAUCUGCAGCUGAAUCAAUGUACAGUUGAAAACCAAACAAAGAAAAAACAAGAUCUAGCUUUGCAUUAUGUAAUGAAUCUAUAACUACGUAUGCCCCCAGCGCUUCCUUAAAUUUCCAAGGGAGCCGCAAGUCAGUAAGCAGUUUGUAGACCUACUUCAGAGAUUACUGUGUGGAGCCAAAGAGCGGCUGGGUUUCCAGGGACUCCGCUGUCACUCUUUCUUCUCCAGUGUAGACUGGAACAACUUAAGACAAGGUAAGAAGGAAGAUUCUCCUCUCUUGAGACCCUUUAUUCUUUCUUAAAAGUAAAAAUGCCUGAUUUAGCCUGAAAUUAUUCAGCACAGCUAUAAUCAAGUCCCUGAAAAGACAAUACAAAAGAACCUUUCAAAUAUUUAUGCUGUUUGUAAUGCACUUUACUGUUCUGUCUGUGUGUCCAUGUGUGUAUGGUUGCACAUAGACAACAAACAGGAGUAGGGUUUCCCAUAGUAUUGCUGGUAGUAAAUUAAUGAGAUACUGUGUGCUGUUGGCAAUAAGCCAGCUCUUUCCUAAGGAUGGAAAUAGGAGGGAGACAGAGAGGGGAUGCAGACAGAGUAAAGAUCUGCAACUCAUCAGCUUUCAACAGAUGCAGCACCAAUCUCUUCCGCUCACACCACACACGCUCAUUGCAAGUACACGUGCAUUUGUUGUUUGCCACCAAAUGUGAGACCGCUCUGAAUGACAAGAGAGCGGCAUUUUCACCUGAGCAGCUGUGGGAAAACCUUCCUGUAACAUCCAUAUUCAAGAAUAAUCGCAUUGAACAUGGCCACAUUGUAGAGCUGCAGCUCCAUACUGGUUCUGUGAGUCAAAGCGUUCAACUGCAGAGGGGAUGAGGCUUAAGUUUGCUGUGCAGAAAACCUUGUGUAGUCAAUGAAUAGUCCUCCCUUCCAAAGUAACUAAAUCUUGUUAUGCUCGUCACUAUCUCUGCACAUUUUUUCCCCAGUUAAAUGCUCCUAUCAGUGCUGGAUAUUAAUUAAUCUUGUUGUUUUAAACUCUCCUGAUUAUCAGCAGAUUAUGGUACAGUGAUUGAAAUGCAGCGGCUCGUGUGCCUGUGUUUGCUGAAGAGAUUUAUUGAUUUUUAUCCUGAGUGUAAUUUUUAAAUAUUUAUUUUCUCUCAGCAAUAAAUAUCACAAACAAUAUACAAACAGAAUCCUAAAGAUGAAUGCUUUUAUAAAAAAAACAACACAGUCUUUGUGUAUCGAUAGUCAGGCGCAGAUAGUGCUUCAUACCUCAGCUUUGCUCCAGCUGAUUAGCUUGCUCUGCUGCAGUGAGGGAGAGCGAGUGAGCAUGUGUAUAUGGGAGAGUGAGAGAGCGAGGAGGAGGGAGGGACAGAGGCAGCAUGUGCAUCAACGCGCGACUUACCGCACUCUAGGCUCCCUCCACUCUGCUCCGUUCCUCCUCCCCUCCUUUCUCUCCCCUUUCUCCUUGUUGUGUUAUUUUUCUUUUUUUCCAAAUUUCUUUUACCUUUGACCGGUUCUUUCACUGCUGCCUCUUUUUUUUUAUUCCUGGUUCUCUCUUACUUCCUCCUCUCAUCCUUCCUCCUGCAGUUCUCCCGCCUUUUGUUCCUGCGUUGCACGCUGAAGAUGACACCUCUAAUUUUGAGGAGCCGGAGCAGGCAGCCCCCCGGCCAACCUCAGCAGCCCAGCGAGGGGCUCUGUCUGCGGGCUUCCAGGGCCAGGAUCUGCCCUUUCUAGGCUGGUUCUACAGCAGAGCAUUGACGACGUUGGCAAAAACCGAGUAAGUGCUACCUGUUUACUCUGUAUUGUUUGGCUUUUUUCUCUCUUUUUUUUUUCUUUUUUUUUUAAGACGACCCCUCAACGCAGAGACCUCCUGCACACACCUCUUACAUACCUUUUGUUGUUUAAAGCUGCUUUGCCAUUUGACUCUUUAUUCAGACAGAAGCUAUGUUUUGGGUGACCCAGUGUAAUGCCCAGGGCAGUAUGUGUGAGUCCCUGUCAUUAGUGUUGUGCCUGUUGGGGCCAAAAUGGGUUUGGCCAUAUGCUGUGUCAGACGAGGAGCAAGGAGGGAAGGGAUCUCCCUGUUCCCUGGCGCUCUCUCCCUCUGAUACCUGAUUUUCCGCUUCAGGAUCACACAUAGUUGAUCCGAUGCAGAGAUACAUCAAGUGAAUGGACAAGAGGAUGUGAGCUGUCGUUAUCUUGCCAUCGGUGCUGAUUGGUAUGCGGCUGAGUGUGUCAAUGAGGUUUGCUGAGAGGUGGAACCCCAGACAUAGACACAUUCCCACCCUCACUGCUGUUAUUGUGCUUUCUCUGUUAUUGUGUCGCAUAAUGGGGCUCCUGACUUUUACAGCAUGGGGUUUUGGGCAUGGUAAUUAUCCCUGGUGGUGUUUGGCUCUUUAACCUCUGAUUAUAAUGUAUGUGAAUAGCUUUCAUUUCUGCAGCCCCGUGGCAGUGCACUAGCAGGUUAAUGGUCCAGGAGACUGCGGAUCAUGACAGCAGUAGCAGCAGCAGCAACAGAAAAGGGAAGAAAAAGCGUUUGCAGAUUAGACAGGGAAAAAGGAUAAGAGCUCAGAUUGGGGGAGAAAAUCUAUUUCUAUGGUUACAACGAGAUGUUUUUUUUUUUUUUUUUUCUUUUUUUUUUUUUCCAAUCCCCACCCCCAUCUUUACCCGUCUCAUCUCCUCCUUUCUUUUUUCUCUCUCCCUCUUUCUCUCUCUCUUCUAAUGUCUCUGUCCCUUGCUGUUACACCAUCAGUCAUCUGCUCAUGUUUUUUAACUGAAGCCAGCCGUUUCCUUUGCUACAUUUGAUCAAGAAGAACUCAUAGGCUGUGUCAGAUUUGUGUGUGCGUGUGUGUGUUUAUGUGCAUACAUAUUUUUCAUUAAAAUACCAAGAAGGAGAAAAGAACUGAAUGAACCCCGGCCCAGCCAAAAUGAAUUGCUAAUCAUUUGUUUAGCAUUUGUUUUGGGGGAUCCUGCUGUGUUUUUCUUUCAUUCUUUGUGAACUUGUCUGCCUGACUCCUCAUUAGCAAAAUACAACAACAACAAAAUCCCCUUAACAGCUUGCCUCAAAUUCAUAUGCAGCAUCUCACGGUUUAAUGUCAAGGUGGCUUUAACGUAAGCUUAAACCUCUGUUUCUAAAAAAAAUUGCAUCUUUGAGGGACAAUUUUGGCGUGUUUUGAAAAAUGCACACUUUAACAAGUUUUAAGUGUAUUCUUGCGUUGUGUGUCAGAUUGUAAAACCUGGUCAGCAAUAAACUGAUGCUGCCAGAUGGUUAAGAUAUGGAUACGCAUAGUUCCCAGAGGGUGACUCCUCCUAAUCUAGGGAGUCUUUAUGUGGUACCAUCAUCUGGUCAGGGUUUCUUCAUAAAAAAGGGUAUCUUAACAACUAAUACCCUGAUUUAAAGAACUGCAGGGGCCAUCAUGGUCCCUGGAAGUGGAGUGUUUGAUUUUAAUCACCCUCUGACCUUUCCUCUACUGCUCCCAUCAGUCUACAUGAUCUAUUGGGACACAAAGUCUAAAUGACAGAGAUGUUACCAAAAUACCAAACCAAUUUAUUCUUCUCGGCAGGUCUUCUCUUUUUGAUAAGCAAUCAACACCCUUACAGUGCCACCCACUGGAGGUUAAUGAUAUAACUUUUUCCAACAGAAAAUCUGAUCGUGUGUUGUAUUGUCUAUACUCUUUCUUCUAAAGUUUCAGGCUAGGAUUGUUGGACUUGUUUUAUGCAAGUUUACUUAGAUGAAAACUGGAAAAAUUGCUGUGUUAUUUUGUUGAGGUGAAAUAUCACCUGUUGUGAUAUUGAUUGCUAAAAUACAAUACUGAUAAAGAGACAUACUGUAAGUAUGUAUCAUUCACCUUUGACAUCUAAGAUAUUAAAAAGGUCAGAGGUAACACACUACAUUGAAACUGUUUACUUAACAAGUUCUAAAGAUGAAUUUUGGAAAGCAUUUAUUCUGGAUCACUGAUUCACUGUCUUUGGUACACACUCUUAGAGACUGGAAAUGGUCAAUUGGUGGUUAUUGGUUUCUUAAGAAUUUUGUAGGAGUUGGGUAAAACACUGCAUUAGAAUUAGGAAUUCUAGUGAGGGUUAUUUUCCACUCUUGACACAGUCACUUUGCUUCACGAUGAUAGCUCUAUGAUCGUAUGUUGUCUCUUGUGUGUUGUAGAUUAUGUUUUGGUUGCAUUUCUCUGAUAUUUGCAUGAAUCUGUGAAUUAUUAUUUUCUGUGAAUUACUAUUGUUUUUGUUUACCUACUCAAAACGGCAAAACGCCUUUACGCAGCAUAAUCUCCACAUGUCCCUGCCUCUGCUUGAGUCUCUGGAGUCUUUUUUUAAUAAUGCAGCCCACACUGGCUUCUCAUUUAUUUUCCCUCUGCUGUUGAGAGAAAACUACCAACGUCCUUAGUAAAGACAAAAGUGGCCUGGCUUUCUCUUCUGUCAAAACCUAUGCAAUCUUUGAAUCUCCUAUUUUCAAUUUAAAGCUGUGCACAUCACAAAUGGCAGAAGUUGAGGGAGAAAUCCAUCUAUCCUAAAUAUUCACUUAGAGUUAAAGUACAGCACUUCUGUCUCUCAGAUAAGUGGAAAAAUAUGAAGACUGACUGUAGAAAAAACCCAGUGAGGAUAUUUAAAUGGUCAUAUUAUCAGUACAGUAGUCUCCCAAAACUGUUCAGCUCAGCAGUGAGGAACUUUAAUGAAUUUUGCUGUCUAACAUCAAUUUUUAAUUGGCACAGAUUCAGCUCCCUGGACCAUCUCUUUUAAUCUAGAUUUCUCUAAGAAAGACGGGAUCGGUCGUUGCAGUUUUGUUCUGUGAGACCGAAAUGUGUGACUGUGUACUCCUUUUCCAUAUGUACUUGAUGCUGCUUUAUUUGUGUGUGUGCGUGCGUGUGUUUGAGUGCGUGCGUGUGUCAGGGGGGAUAUUUCUCGAUGCAGAGGCGAAAGAGAGCAGUGCCGCUUGCUUUUAGAUUAUUUUUAACACUGUGACUCAGUCUGAGUCAACUUUAUUAUAAAGAUCCCUCUGCAGUGUUUGUGAGCUCAUUCAUACAGACCCAUUCAUUUAUUUACAACACUAAUAUCUCACAGUUGUCUUUGGACUUGUCCUGAGAAGACUUUGAUUUAAUUGUGUGCUCUAAAUUGUUCUGAAAAAAUGGAAACAUAUUCACACAUCUCCCUUUCAUAAACUCGAGAUGUGAAUGCAUCAGACUCUCCCCAGAGCCCUGGGUAAACCAACCCAAAGCAAAGCAUCAUUUAAAUUCUCCUGUCACAUGAUUUUGUCAGGCAAACAGUUAUUCCAGUGUCUAAACAGCUUUGUUGACCAUCAAGUCCAUUUCUUCACAAAUGAACUCCAAUUAAUGUGAAUUCAGCUCUUUCACUUCUUCAUGCUUCACUGAGUCUUAUCUUGGUUGUCGGUAGUUGUAAUCUUAUGAUUACAUGUUUUUCAGAGCUUCCCACAAAAAGGAAACCAUUCAAUGCAUAUUUGUACGCCCUCUUUCUCUCUCCCUCUCUCUCUCUCUUUCUGUCUGUUGCUCAUUUUUGAUGUGUGGGUGUUGUGGCUGCAUUUCAGCCAAAUUAAUUACAGCUAUAAUACUGCCAAGGCUUGCUGUUGCAUUUGACAGUUCUUUGUCAUGAAAGUAGAUUGUUAAUUAUCCUCAUUUGAUAAGCUGGUAUGAUUGCAGAGUUUACAGUAUUUUUACUCUUUUCAGUUACACCCAUUAAGUAUAUUUUGAAAUUACAGACAUAAUCUGAGGUUAUCGGUAUUUGCUUACUCGUCUCUUAAGAUCUACAGCAGUGAAUCAGACUAUAUGUGCAGCAAGUUUAUAUCAGUACUGUGCGAAGAGUUUGCUUUGCACAGUUACAAAGAGCAUCCAUACAUGUUGCUUUCUCCUCAGAGCGGUGUCAGCGGGCCUCAACUCUCCUGCUAAGACCAACUCCAUGGAAAAGAAGCUACACCUGAAAAGCAGAGAACUACAAGAAACUCAAGACAAAUGUCACAAGGUGAGACAGUGCUUGAAUCCUUUGUUUUGCUUUUUUGAGUAUGCCAGUAAUUCAUCAUAAGUGUCUUUGAUAAUGUCAGUCUUAUUUGAAAUACAAAUGGAGUUCAACUAAUUAAAUACGAGGUGACUGAGGUAGGAACACAGUUGGUGGACUGGCAAGACUGAUUUGUUUUUUUUUUUGUUUUGUUUUUUUAGCUCCAUACUGUGGGAUUUUGUUUUGAGCAAAAAAUGAUUCCAUAUUAUGUUUUGUUACCAAAUGUGCCGUGUAUUUUGUUUCUUUUGGCUUCUGUUCAUGCUGUAUGAAUCCAAGUUAAGCUUGUUCUGCAAUUUUUUAAAUCACUCUGAGUUGGUUGAUUCGUUGGAUUUAGAAGCAAACAUUAAAAUCUUUGACUAAAAAACUUUUCCGUCUGGUUUAAUUCAUCAUGAAGUUAAAUAAACAGUCAACAUUAGAAACUAUUAAGUUGCUGACCUCUGUUGAUUGUAUUAAUAUCUCUGGGUUUUUUUUUUCCCGUGGAUUAAGAUGGAGCAGGAGAUCUCCAGGUUCCAGCGUAAAAUGACUGACCUGGAGUCAGUUCUCCACCAGAAGGAUGUGGAGCUGAAGGCGUCUGAGACACAGAGGAGCAUUCUGGAGCAGGACCUUGCCACCUACAUUACCGAGUGCAGUGUGAGUCAUAAUAACAACUGGCGGUCUGUGUAUAUGUUGAAGAAUUGCCUGCAAUAUAAUAAUAUUCCAACACAGCUUUGUGUUUUCCUCACAUUAGUCUACCUGUGUGAUUCCUUCUACACAUACAAAAAUAAAAAGGUAUUGAUUCGACUGAACAGCAGCCUUGAUUUGUAUUUUUGUAGAGCCUAAAGCGGAGCUUGGAAGAGGCACGUGUGGAGGUCUCCAGAGAGGAUGACAAGGCCAUGCAGCUGCUGCAUGACAUCCGCGAGCAGAGCAACAAGCUGCAGGAAAUUAAAGAGCAAGUAUGUAAAUCGUCUCACUCCAACAACCCUCUGUCUCCUCCUCCUCCUCCUCCUCAUCUUCAUAAUGAUAUGGUGCAUCCAGUUAUUUUUAGAAACACUUCAAGGUAUUUAUACCAAAAGUGAAACAGAAAAUGCAUUUAUAUUGUGUUUUUAAAGCCAGAGGAGACUUUCUGCAGUGUCCUCCUCAGACUAUUUUAGUUUAGAGAGGAGAAAGAUUUUACUCGACACAGUGUGUCCCUAUUACACAGACAGGGCUUCCCCUCUGAGGACCCCCUUGUUCUCAGCUCACUUUAAGGUCAUCUCUGCAGAUGGUAUUCCUGCAAGGUACAAACCAAAGCAGACUUUGAUCAUUACUCUGGAGAUCCCCCCCUUCCCUUGGAAAUAACACACAACAUGAACAGUAUUCUAAUCAGCACUAAUGAUGCAAAUCAGGGAAUCAAGUUUUACUUGUAAAUGUUUCAACCAGAAAAAAAGAAAUCUGCUUUGUAUCAGGUAGGAGAUUUCAUCUUUGGUGAUUUAGGUAUUGAGUGGUCUUUUAACUACCUGCUUUUUUGUGCCCAUUUGUUAAUCGAUUAUCAAUUACGAGGCAUACAGAGUGGCAAUCUAAUAGCUAAGAGCUUACUUAGAUGGUCAUUUUUAUGACUAAAGCAGUUAUUUUUAUUUUCCCUUGACAUCCCUGAAGUCUUUGUGCGAAGCUGAAACUCUGCAAGCCUUAAGUUCUUGCAUUUGAUUUGACACUUAAAGUAAUAAAUGAUCAGGGCUGCAGUGUACCGCAGAUCACUGCACAAUGAAACAGUCAGCAGAUCUGCAAAGUACAUCUUUUUCUGUAUAGCAUGGCAGCAAUUGUUGCUCAUGUUGAAAACUCUGUUCCACUGUUUGGGCUGUGCCAAACAAAACCCCCACUGCUGUUGUUUCUCGUCAAAACAAACACAUAAAACCCUGCUGGAGAUUUUCACACAAAGUAGUUUUGCUCUUCUUAAAGGGGGAAGAAAUAAACAUUUUCAAGAGGAAAAAAAGACCUGAUUUUGUUGCAAAGAUGACAACAGUCCCAAGCUUGUAGAAUUUGUGUAAUCACAGUCUGAGGUCCUUGGAUAAUUCAUAAUAUAAACACAUGCAAUGAUACACAACAUUGUGUUGUAUAUAGUAUAAAAAGUGCAGCACCACCUGACCUCUCAUUUCCCUUUGCUGAUGUUCACUGCAUUUCUUUUGUGCUCGCAGGAGUACCACGCCCAGCUGGAAGAGAUGCAGGUGACCAUCAGGCAGCUGGAGGAGGACCUGUCAGCUGCUCGCCGCCGCAGCGACCUCUAUGAAUCUGAACUCAGAGACUCCAGGCAAACAAGUGAGGAACUCAAGAGGAAAGCGGUGGAAUACCAACAAAGGAUCCAGAAGGUACAUUUGUACAAGAGGCCCUCGCUGGUUAUGUCAAAAAUUGUUAAUUGUUAAUGUUAAAAAACAUGAUGAGGCACUUCACAUCAAAGUCUGUCAUCAUGGGACGCUGCUGCUGUAGGAACCCUGGGAAGUUAAUUGGAAGAGUCUGUCCAGGCAGCUGUUUCUACUGUUUUGCUUCUGCAAAUGCUGAAAAGUGAGUGAAAUGCAUUUUAUUGAUCGGUGUUUACUUGAUGCCAAUCAUUUUCAGGCUAAAGAGCAGGGCAAAGCUGAGGUGGAGGAACUUCUCUCCAAACUAGAGAAGGUAACAAAUCAGACCCAUCAUGCUGAGCUACAGGCUUCAAACUGUUUUACAGCCCAGCUUCUUAUGUGAAUAUAAUCUGUUUUGUUUUCUUCUUCAGACUAAUUCUGAGCAGCAAGUAAAAAUCCAGGAGCUGCAAGACAAGCUGUCCAAGGUAAAUUCAUAAAAGUCUUGGUUUCUUUCAACAAGCAGCAAAAACAUUUCUUUUAAUUACACUCAAGGAUUUUAGUUGGAUUGAGUGUUUUUUUAACCCAGUAAAUCACAUUAGUUAUCAUCUUGUCCAUCCUCAACAGAGGGACGACCUUUUAAUAAACAGACUUUCAUGUUUCUUCUGCAGCUUGUUUCGGUCUCAAUUUUAUCCAUAGUGAUAUUUAUUGUCACUGUGUCUUGGGGUAUGAAUUGCCCAAGCAUAUUAGGAGGAUUGUCUUGAGAUCAAGUAACACCCUUUGACCUUUUGACCUCCCACAGGCAGUGAAAGCGAGCACAGAGGCCACUGAGCUGCUGCAGAAUGUGCGGCAGGCCAAAGAGCGACUAGAACGAGACCUGGAGCGUCUUCGAGGCAAAACUGACUCCAGUGACACUUUAAAACGCCGCCUGAGGGAGACAGAGGUACCUGAGUAAACUCACAAUAACAAAUUAUUCAAAUGUGUUGGUAACAUAAUAAUGGUUUCUUUAAGAAAUUGUGUAUUCAUACACAAGGCAAUCUUUUCUUUGUGGUCUGCUUUAAGUUAAGUUUUUUUGUUGUGUAAGCAGGAGGGCAGGAAGACCUUGGAGAACCAGGUAAAGAGGCUAGAGAUGGUAGAGCGGCGGGAGAAUAAGCUGAAAGAUGACAUUCAGACCAAAUCCCAGCAGAUUCAGCAGAUGGCUGAAAAGAUCCUGGUGAGAGAGCUGCAGAUAAGGCUCGCUAAUACUCCGACCCACUCUUCCCCUAAUUUUACCCCCCUUGCCCACCCCUCCUUUUUACCCAGCCCUGUCCCCAGUCCAGCUCCAUCAGUUAUCUUAUAGCAUGCACGCACACACAACUCUGCCUAGAGAGCUUUUCUUUAGUCUACCUUUAUCGGUACAAACAUAGAAUUGAACAUACUAGUAGUUGUACGGUAUCACCAUGAACAGGCAACGCUUGAGUCGACUUUUGGAUUUCCAGCUCUUCAGUGCAAGUUUUCCUCUUUUUUUUUUUUUAAGUUGAAUUUGUUAUUAGAGUAGUAUUACUUAAACAGCUGUUACCCAGUUUAACAUUGUUUUUCUGUAUGUUGUGCUAUCAGUGGUGUUUGCGGUCUGCAGCUUCAUUAGCUAACCUUUCAUAGUUUAUUUCCUGUUUGACACUAACAAUCUUGAAUACAGUUGUUACCGUAAAUGUGAGAAAUGUGUAGUUUAGAUUAGAUUCAUCAUGGACUAUGCCUAAUAAUGUCUUGAAUGAUACCCUUGUAGGAACUAGAGGAGAACCUGAGGGAUGCCCAGUCAACUGCACAGAGGAUGGAAACUCAGCUGACUCAGAAGGAGAGGCUUUACGAAGACAAGAUCAAGGUGGGCCAGCCUUCUACAAACUGUGUCUAUCUGAUAAUGUUGAUUAAAGGUAUAAAUGAUUUAUUAUUUUGUUUCAUUCAUCAGAGACAAUGCACUACAAGCCCAUUUUACAGGCUUUAGUAAGUGGUUUGAAGGUUACAGUCUCCACAGAUUGUUCAAGGGGUAGUAACUCCUUGCGCUCCUGCCAUUUUAUAAACCAUUCUAGUUGAGUGAAUGAAGUUGAAGCUCUCACAUGCAUUGCUGCACAUUUUGACAUCAAAUUCACACCAAGUUGUGCAUUUAAAAAAAUGUUUGUGUGUUUUGAUAUCUCCCUUCAUGAACUGCUUUAUGACAAAUAAGAGAUUUUGACCUCUGUGUAAUCAUGACAAAUUAAUAGUGGGGAGUGUAAUAUUCACAUGCUUUGUCUGACAAAGGUUUUAGAGGCUCAGAUGAAGGUUGACCUGGCUGACAAAGAGAGCCUGGAGGCCAGAAGAGCCCAGCAGGAGGAAGAGUCAAGGGAAAACUGCAAACUCAUCAGUGAACAGAAAGCAGUAAGAAGAUUUUCAUUACCCUCUGGGUUCAUUGGCAAAAUUUGACAACUGGACUCCGUCAUAGUUUUUUUCUGUCUUUACACGGUUAUUUUUUAAAAAUGGUUCAAAUGUAUUGGAAUGUAUCUUUUGAUUAAAUUGCAGUGUACUUCAUCUUGCAUUAUAAAGCCCGGGCUCAAGUCCUAAUCUGGUUAAUGUGGUAGAAUUGAGGCAGUUAAGAAGCUUUUAGAGGCAGUCGUCUGACAUUGACAGGCGAAGAUUCAGGCAACACCUUAAUGGAGUCUAAUAGGAUUUCUCUGCAGUACAAAAUUCUGUUUCCUGUAAAAAUGUUUUGCUGAAUUACGUGAACACCAUGACUGUAGGCAGGAUUUGACUAUCAAUCUAGGGUGAAUACAUUCUUGAAUUUGAGAAUGCUUUCCAAGGAUAACAUCUCCAGCACAUAUUAUUGUCUCCUUCUUCCUACAGACUAUUAAUGCUAUGGAUUCCAAGAUGAAGAACCUUGAGCAGCGUAUCGCCGAGCUGUCAGAGGCUAACAAGCUGGCUGCAAACAGCAGCAUCUAUACCCAGAAGAAUAUGUGAGUUAACUAGACCUUCAUACCACACUGCUUUUUAUGAGACCCCCACCUACACGGACUCUGUCCCCUCCAGCCUCCAAUAGCUUCAUUAGUGUGAACUUACAUCUUCCUGCACCAUGGCUGAUCAGUCUUCCUGGUGUGUAAACUGCUUGUCAUUCCUGAGGUUUAGCGCUUGAAACAAGUAUUUCUACAAUAACCAAAUCAUAGUGCAGGUUGAAAAUAAUGUAAGAAUAAAACAGGAGACAAUUUCAGUGAUGAACUGAGAAAUAUUACCUGAACUUGUAUCCAGUAACUUCUGACUAUGCUGCCUCUAAUUGUAAGGAUUUGGUUCAUUAGCACCACUCUAAUAAAGAUGUUCGCCUUGCCGUUUUCAGCAGUAAACCCCCAAAACCCUCCAAACACCAUCUGCUCAACACAACAAGUACUUUGUUUAAUUUCACAACUACAGUAGCUGCCUACACAUCGUGGAUCAUUAAGUUCCCUUGAGUUACGCAUUUCCUUCAAGAGACAAUAAACAUUGCUUAAGAGAGUGAAUAUAUUCCCCAAAUAUUUCAAGGAAUGAAUGCAAGUGUUGUUGUUUAUGUUGCUGUGUACAUUUCCAACUGUUUUGCUCGUAAAUAUACAUAUUAGCUUUAAAAUUAAUAUGUCUAAGUUUCCCUCACAGUUUGUGUCUUCUGCCCCCAAGUGGCCAAAUAAAUUGCUUGGAUAAAAAUAUGACUUCAGCUGAUCAAAAAGUUUUAUAAGUAGCCUAUAAUUAGACGCUCUUGGUGUGACUGAUGUUACAGGAGCUCAUGAGGUUUUGUUUGCUGGAGGGAAUGAACUACAGCACCACAACUUACUUGUUGUCCCUGCCUCGAUUUUUGAAAAUUGUCUGCUUCCAAGCAUGCAAUGUAAAAGGCACCUGUGUGUAUUUUUGUCAGGAAAGCCCAGGAGGAGAUGAUAUCAGAGCUUCGACAGCAAAAGUUCUAUUUGGAGUCUCAGGCAGGAAAGCUGGAGGCCCAAAAUGCCAAACUAGAGGAGCACCUGGAGAAGAUGAGUCAGCAAGAGCAGACCAAGAGGACCCGUCUGUUGGAGCUGGAGAGCAGGCUGAGAGAAGUAAGGCAACAGGAAGCAGAUACGCUGCUCAAGAUUAAACAUUUUACCUCAGCUAUCACACCAUGUAGCCUGACAUUAUUACUAUCCACAAAAGGGAUUAAAGCAGCUGAUCAGAGAGUGAGCUCAGAUCCCUUUCAGAUUAACAGCUAAUUAAAUACUGUAGGACUGUAAUGGCUUUUCGACAAAAUUGCUCCUGGACCUGUACACAAGCUGUAUCCAGAUUCAGCGAGGCCUCUGUUUGCCAUCUCUGCAAAAAUCUCUGUCUGUUUAUUUGCCUUAAACAGAUGACAGGACUUUUGAUUUUAUAAAUGUAUGGCAUAUCACUGAGGUCACAGCCCUGAUAUCACGAGGCAUCUGCCCUGCAGAAGUGUCCUUUAGAAGGAUCCCAUCUGUCUAUCUGCUGUGGUCUGCAAUCUGACCUCCCUUUGAUUUAAUGAAGUCAAACGUUCAUACAUUAAUUAAAAGCCAAAAGGAAAAGUGCUUAUUUUUUUGCCUAUUUCAGCUGUACACUCACCUCUAAAUAUUUGAUAAUGCAUUAAAGUGGAGUUGGGAGUUUUCAAAGUACAUAAUGUUUCUUCGUCAUCUGAUAAAAAAAAAACACCAUUAGGCACAUCCGAACUGAACCUGUUCUAAAAAAAUUGAUGUUUUUACGAACCACAGUGCAACCUUUUCCGAGCCUGAGAGCUCCCCCCCCUCAGCUGUGCAGUGUGCCGAUGUUACCAUUAGACAACCUGUCUUCUGGAUGUCAUAUCUCUACCUCCACACAUGCUUCCUGCUGAGAUGUGAUGCACAGAUUGGCACUAAUUGCUGGCCUUGCUGCACCCUCACAUAAAAACACACAUUUUCCUCCCCCACAUAAAAAUAUGUUCUCUGAGUUUAGAUCUGCUGCUCCAUCUUUCAGAUCUAAACUUGACUGUUUCAGAGCUAGUUAUAUGCAAGCAAUGAGCGUACUUGUGUACUUUAAAAGACCCCUGAUGAGUUCUUAAUUAUCUGGUGACCUGGUCUUAAGAUAUGACAGCUUAGAGCCAAUUAGCAGAGGUCUUAUUUUUAAUUCUAUCCUCCUCUGUAUCGUCCAUUUUUUGCACUUAGUAUCUGCAUUUCUACAUCCCCCAGUUUGAUUCGUGUCUCCCAACAUCCCUUAAUUAUUCUUUUUUUUCUUUUUCCUUAACUUGCCAAAUCAGCUUGUAGGUCCUCAGUUUAAUUUAAUUGGAUACUUUUCCGCUCUGCUUCAUUACUUCCCUGUUUUAAUUGGUCUUGUAUUUAUUGCAGUCACAAAAAUCUCCAAGUAGUCUUGAGAUUGGCAAUGUCCUUCCAAAAGCAAAGAUAUCCUAUAUGUCAUUAGUAACUAACCCUUUCAAAUGAGUAUGAAGGACACCAGAAAAUGUUUGCACAACAGAGCGAUGUGGGUCAAACUGUUUCUAGCAGUCCUCUGUUUAUCUCAACCAGUAUUUAGAUUCUCUCCAAAAUUCUGAAUCACCCUGAUGUCCUAAAACGCCUACCAUCUGGCGCUCGCUCUGAGCAGGUUAAAAAAGAGCUGAAUAUUAAAUGCAAACACAAUCUGUUUCAGGUCUGAUUUACUCCAUGAUAUGCUUACCGCCAUCCUUUUUUUUCUUUUGCAGAUGGGUCUGGAACAUGAAGAGGAGAAGCUGGAGAUCAAGAGACAGGUGUCAGAGUUGACCCUCUCCCUGCAGGAGCGCGAGUCCCAGAUUAGCAGCCUGCAGGCUGCACGUCUCGCCCUGGAGAGCCAGCUGCAGCAAGCAAAGACCGAGCUGGAAGAGACUACCGCUGAAGCUGAGGAGGAGAUCACUGCCCUCAGGGUAAGACAAACAGACACCAGGAGUCCCAUAGAGACACAAGUGCAUGUUUACAUUCAGAGAAAAAUAUGUUUAGGUGGAGACAAUUCUGUCUUUCCUCGCAGUUGAAAGGAAAGCACAUGAUUAGUUUCGCUCUGAUCCUAAUAUUGCUGCAAGCAAUACACUUCUUCAUUGUUUAAUGUUGUCGUCAUAGCAGAUGUAGUUGUGAUUUCGCUCUUGAUUUGCUCUUGUUUCUCACAGAAUCACAGAGAUGAAAUUCAGCGCAAGUUUGAUGCCUUGAGAGACAGCUGCUCAGUAAGUGCUGCCAAAGCUUUUUGUCUCUGCCGUCUGCAACCGAAGAAAGACCCUUCAGUCGCUGUUGCUCCGUGUUAAACUCUAGAAGUUCAUUCUGUUUUGAAAAUACAGUUCUUGGAUUAUGGCUUAUUUUAUGCACAAUGGUCAACAAAUCAUACCUUUACACAUCCAAAAGGCCUUUUUUGUUAUUUACUUCUAUAUUUUCCUACAAUAAACGAACUACAACUUGAAUGUGUAAGUGAUGGAGUUUGAAGGAUCACCGUACUAUUUUCAAACCGUGAAUGACUUGACUGAAUAUCUCUUUACUGUCGAAUUGAAGACUAACACCUCCCUCUAACUGUUGGUGCUGCUGCCUCAGGUGAUCACUGACCUGGAGGAGCAGCUUACACAGCUGAGUCAGGAGAACGCUGAGCUGAACAGGCAGAACUUCUACCUGUCCAAACAGCUCGAUGAAGCGUCUGAUGAGAGGGAGGACCAGCUGCAGCUCAGCCAGGAGGUGGACAGGCUGAGGAGGGAGGUGGCUGACCGUGAGAUGCACCUCAACAACCAGAAACAGGUAACAAAGCUCUUGAACCUACACGGCCAGCAGUACUUCAGAUUCACUUAUUUCGCAAAGUUAAAGAUAUUGGUCCUUCAUUUUGUUUAAACUAAUUAUUCUUUUUGUUUUAGCAUAUAGCAAUGUUAGUGAAAGCCUCUGAUACUGUGGUUAGAUAAGUACCUGUGGUUUCACCCAGAAGAUGCUCCCUUCAGUCUGCUCUUUCGAUUUUCCUCCCAGAACAUUGAGACUCUGAAGACAACAUGCAGCAUGCUGGAGGAGCAGGUGGUGGAGUUGGAGUCCCUAAAUGACGAGCUGCUGGAGAAGGAAAGGCAGUGGGAAGCUUGGAGAGGUGCCCUGGAGGAUGAAAAAAGCCAAGCCGAGAGACGCGCUAGAGACCUGCAGAGAAUAUUGGACAAUGAGAAGCAGAACAGGUAACACACAAGCACCAAUACUCUAGACUUUUCCUUCUUUGUGUUGUUUUCUGUGAAAACGGCAUAAUGACAAUAUGCUAUAUUGAGACCUUUUAUUAAUCUGAUUACAGGUUGCGUGCAGACCAGCGCAGCACUGAGUCCCGACAGGCAGUGGAACUAGCAGUCAAAGAGCACAAAGCUGAGAUACUGGCCUUACAGCAAGCUUUGAAGGAGCAGAGACUGAAGGCUGAAAGUCUAUCUGACACUGUAAGUAUUUUAAUCCUCUCUAUUUGUUUUCAUUUUAAGAGACAAAAUCCAUCCUGUUUGUGUGUAAUUAUGAAUGCUCUUCACGUUCCUUGCAGCUCAAUGAUCUGGAGAAGAAGCACGCCAUGCUGGAGAUGAACGCCCGCAGUUUACAGCAGAAACUGGAGACGGAGAGAGAGCUUAAACAGAGGCUGAUGGAAGAGGUGAAAGAGCAGAAUAUAUAAUCUGCCUAAGAACUUAAAGAUUAAACAUAGAAAGUGGUUCAGUGUUUUUGAGAAAAAGACCCUUUUCAAAAAUUACUUUGCUUUAAGAAGUUAGAUGGCAUUCUGUUUAAGACAUGCGACUGGUUUCCGUGUUGUUACGCCUGCUUGUAUUGUCUCUCAGACUGAAGGUCGUCUGGUUUUAAUUAUUUCCUCAUGUAAAUCUCUGUUGACUGUCCUCCCCACAGCAAGGGAAGCUGCAGCAACAGAUGGACCUCCAGAAGAGCCACAUAUUCCGAUUGACCCAAGGCCUGCAGGAUGCCCUGGACCAGACCGACAUGCUAAAGACCGAGCGGACUGAUCUGGAGUUCCAGCUGGAAAAUAUACAGGUGCCCAGUGCAGUUCUCUUGCAUCUGAAUGAAACUAUCUCUUGAGAAAGGAAGAGUCGUAUUGAGAUCUUACUAUAGUGCAACUGAUGUUGGCAAGUAACAAGGUGUCUCGCAGGGACCACAAGGAUAAGAAGAUCCUUCUGUUCUCACCGGGAGUUCUGUUGUUCCUUCUCUGAUGGUCUGUUUUUCUUCCUGUAGGCUGUGUACUCCCAUGAGAAGGUGAAGAUGGAGGGAACCAUCUCUCAGCAGACCAAACUCAUUGACUUCCUUCAGGCCAAAAUGGACCAACCCACUAAGAAAAAGAAGGUUGGAGGAAAUGCUAUUUUAAGCCUGAGGACAAGCUCAAUCAAAAAGGUGUAAUUUUGUAGUUUUUACAUAGUGCUGAUAACACGUUUUCUCUCUUGUAGCAGGGCAUAUUUGGGCGUCGUCGCGAGGAUGUAGGCACAACCACUAAUGGGGCGCUGGCUCCUCAGGCCCAGCCGGCUGUCCCAUUGCAGUAUGGUGACAUGAAAUUGGCACUGGAGAAGGAGCGCUCCAGAUGUGCAGAGCUGGAAGAGGCCCUGCAGAAGAUGAGGAUAGAGCUUCGAUCCCUCAGAGAAGAAGGUGGGUCCCACUCUUAAUAUGAGCCUGGUGGCGUAUCUUAUGGGCUUCUUUGGCAGCAAGGAAUCACACAACACUGUGAAAAGAUAAAAAUCCAGGCCAUGCAACAGAGACAAAACAAAUCCCUUGUCUGUGCUGUUCUUUAUUGCAGAGUUUUAAUUGUUUCUGAUAAAGCGUCAGAGAUGGUGGUGAUGAUGGAAAUCCAGUAAUUCUAUUUUUGUUCAAAAUUCAUAACACCAUAAAGCUGGAUAUGCCAUCUGAGAUAAGAAACAACAAUCGAAAUCAGCUCAGGAAAUCCUGCAUUGUGCCUCCUCCCUUAUCUCUACCCAGACAUCUUUUAACAUUGUUGCCAUGGCAGCAUCUUGCUCAAUUACCUAAACCCUCCAGGUCCUAUGAGAUUCAUUCUGGAGUCUGUUAGGUUUUUUUUUUUGGUAGAGGAGCCAGAUAUUUCCCGCUUAAUGGCAGCACAAAUCUAAUAUUGGGUUGUUUUAUUUGUUUAUGGUGCUACAGCGGCUCAUUUCAAAGCCCAGGAACACAUUGCUCCCUCCACGCCAGCUCAAGCUCGACAUCAAAUCCUCAUGUCAGCUAUUGUCAAGUCCCCAGAACAUCAGCCAAACCCCAGCAGCCUGCUCAACCCCUCCACCCGCUGCAAGGAGACCUCCACCCCUGAAGGUGAGUCACACAGAUAAAUGAGGUAGUAUUUCGGAGAACUCAGUGCUUCCCCCUCUAUGUCAGCCUGAAUUGAACCAAGAAUUUUUGUUUUAGAGCUUUAAAUUUCCCCUGACAUGAGUGUUCACCCUUACACUGUCAGCGUCAACACAAAUAGACUCUCUGUUCCCUUGUUGUUUGUGUUUUGUGUUUUUAUGUGUGUUUUUUUCUAUGGCCUGUCUCUUGCAGCAGGAUUAUGAGGUUAAUUAGCAUUGGAUAACUUUGCUCCGUACAUUUUAAACCUGAAAUUCAGCUCAGGGGCAUGAACUUCAGUUAAAAAAAAAGAAACUGUUGUUUUUGUCGUAUUUGCUGUGGAUUUAUCCAGCUAACAUUGUAAUCCUGCCCAGGCCUGAAUCACAAAGUAAGAAUAGUGGAUGAGGAAGGUUACAUUGGUUUUAAUCUAGGCUUUCCUGCUUUACAAAGCCACAGUAUCUUUUCUUUAGGGUGUAUAUAGCAAGUCUCUGAUUCAGUGGAUCUGGAAAACAGAUUUUAAAAUAAACUAAGUUCAGAAAAUGGAAUAAUAUUUCAAGCCUGAUCCCUCAAUUGCAAGAAAGUGAAAACCCAAAGGUUAUGUAACAACAGCAGAGACUUUUAAGUAUUUUUGUUGAGAAACACGUGUUUCUGACAAACUCGCUUUACGAUUCAGGCCUGUCUGACUGUCCGUGUGCCUCUGGUUUCAUGUAGCUGUUGUUAGACUGCUCUCUCCUUUCUGUCUCUUUCCUCUUGCUCCUCACAGAAAAGAGGAGGGUCACCUUUGAAAGUAAGUUAGCAGUCAUCAUGAAGUGUCUGUGAACAUGCAUGAAUUCAUUUUCAUGCAUGUUUUACCGUAAAUACCUGUUCUCAUGUCCUACUGUGCAUCUGUCCUUGUGUCAUGUUGUCAGGCAAACUGUAAAUAAUCCUCAGUCUUUACUCUUAAAGCUCAUGUUUGGACCUUCCUGAUAUUAUGUUUUAUAUUCUAUAUGAAUGGACACAUUUAUAUGUGUCCCAUAGUCACUGGCAUGCAUGAGGGGAUUCUUCCUGAUGAUGUACUAAAAGAGUCAUACAUUGCCUAUAAUAAGUGGACAUAAAAACAGUGCAUCCAUUACUCAAAUGGCCCCAUGCUUCUGAAAAAUGGAUCUUAAGGACUUGUGACUAACUUCUGAAGUGAUUUAAUCCAACGUCAUGUUAGCAGUUUUCUUUUCUCUAACUAUUGCCCUUUUUCCCUUUUUUGCUCCGCAGAGUUUGGUCGUCGUGUCAAGGAGAGAAUGCAUCACAACAUCCCUCAUCGCUUCACCGUGGGCCUCAACAUGAGGGCUGCCAAGUGUGCUGUCUGCCUGGACACAGUGCAUUUUGGACGACAGGCUGCCACUUGUCUAGGUUCGUAGGCUGUACUCUGGCUGGGAGCACUAAAUGUGAAGAUAUUUCAAAGGACAAUUUAUUGGCCAGCCUCAACAAAAAAAUACUAAAAAUAGUUCUUGCCGUGCAGCCAGCACAUUUGUCUCCCUCAUAUGGUGGAAUCAGAUUUGCCUUGUUUUGGCUGUCAUUAUAAUUCCCACUGUCACAAGUCUGGAAAAGAAAAACACGCCGCCUUCAGACAUUUCCAAACCAUCUAGUGUUGCAAAUACCUUAGUGUACAAAAAUAGAACAGUAUAAUAAACCAACAUCAGCAUUUUCACCUUACUGUGUUUCCUCUUUACAGAGUGUCACACCUUGUGUCACCCUAAGUGCUCACCAUGUCUCCCUGCCACCUGCGGUCUACCUGCUGAGUAUGCCACUCAUUUCUCAGAGGCUCUGUGUAGAGAAAAAGCAAACUCUCCCGCACUGCAGGUCAAAGAGGCCAGCGGGCACGUUCGCCUGGAAGGAUGGAUGAAACAGCCAAGGUAACCUUUGACCCCCUCCCAGCCCUGCAACUAUAUGGAUCUUAAACAGCAUGCUUUUGUUUGUUUGUUUUAUUUGCUUUUUGCAGCUCUGACAUACAUUUGUGUGCUCGCUUACACAGGAAUGGAAAGCGUGGUCAGCAGGGCUGGGAGAGGAAAUAUGUGGUGCUAGACGGAACCAAAGUAUCCAUCUACGAGACUGAGCCCAGGGAAGGUGUGAAUUUCAUUUUAUAUUCUGAACAUUGCUGAUUCAUUUCUUGAAAAAAUAGUUCUCUAUAAUAUAUGUCAGCAGUAUCCAAUGAAACGCUUUUGGUCUUUUUCUUCUAGACUGUAUAAAACCUGAGGAUGAGUUUGAGCUCUGCCUGCCUGAUGGAGAAGUUACUGUUCAUGGAGCUGUUGGAGCCUCUGAGCUCAUCAACACUGCCAAGUCAGGUACUGGAUCAAUACCACCUAAUCCCGCUACACUCAGCUUAUUGUUGGACUUUGAGUGUAUCAUCCUCUCCACAAAUUUUAAAUUGGAUCCACACAUCCCAUCUACACUUUGGAUCUCAAAAUACAACAAAAUGUUGACACUUCUGCUCAGCUGUGAAAUUAAGCUGUGAGCAAUAUGGCCAACAAUCCCUCUUGCUGUGUUUGUGUUUGUGUGUGUGGAUGCCUGUGUGUGUCCGGCCAUCCACAGAUAUCCCAUACGUGUUGAAGCUGGAGUCGCAUCCCCACACCACCUGCUGGCCAGGCCAGUCCCUCUAUUUCAUGGCCCCCAGCUUCCCCGACAAGCAGCGCUGGGUGGCUGUGCUGGAGUCUGUGGUGGCUGGCAGCCGAGGAUCCCGAGACAAAGUGGAUGCUGAUGCUGUAAGAAGUGUUUGUUAUUUGUUAUUGUAUUUUUCAGCUCGUGUCAGGCUUGAUUAUGUAAGAAGCAGAAAAGAGAUUGUCUAUCAGAAGUGUAAGAGAGACAGCUCAGUGUCUCCUUAUACAAGACCAAAACACUUGCUAUGCACAUUUCAAAUAGUAGCUUUUUCCCAGGGCGGCUGUAUUGUUUGGUGUAUAACUAGGCCAAAUUAUACUGAAUGCCUCCAUUAAACAUCAGCCAGUGCUUUCACUUCUUUUUCUCUUCCUCCCUCCUCUUUCUCUCUCUGCAUGUUCUCAUCCUACAUGUCUCCUAUCUGUGUGUUGUCAUUGUCUUUGUUGUUGUUGUGACGAUACUGUGUGCGUUUGUAUUUCCAUUCAACUCGGUGUUGUGGAUCACAUUAUAGGCAGGUGUUUCAAAAAGACAGAAGAACCUUUCCCCUCUGGUUCAGGUACAGUACGUGACUGCAUGAUGCUUGGCCUUCAGUCGACCGACCAUCUGGGCAUGCAGUGGCUGUACAAGUGCUGUUAAGCUAACAGCACUGAUGUGAUGUGGUUCAGUGCAGAUCAGCACAGUCCCAGGCUGAGAUCCUGGCAGUAAUGAAAGCAUCAGUGAUUAAGUAGGCACAUCAUUUAAAGCAAACACUGAUAAACAGAUGUGCAUUGUGCAUGGAUGUGAAUGAGCACUGCUGUGCACCUCUGGCCUUGUGUCAUAUGCUAUCUCCUGCAUGAUUCUUCAAAAGCCAUGCACUGCUGCAGCCCCCUCUACUGAAACACCACAGACACAUGAACACAAUCCUCCAGAAAACUGGGCUUUACUUCUGUUUGCAGGCUUCUGCUGUUGGUGUUUUUUUUACGUGUUUAUUGCUGUUUUAUAAGCAGGUUCCCAUGCGCUCAUCUUCUGUGAUAAAUGACAAAAAUUAUGUUACAUUUUCUAGGAGCGGGAGAAAAAUCAAUACAGCAUAGUAUUGCGAGAUUUUGUCUGGUGAUAUAUUGUAUCGUCUCGUUUACCAAGUAUCAAUUUUCCAAAUUGAUUGCUAAUAUAAAGUAAAAUCUAUGAUAAUGGAAAAAUAAAAUCACCUGGUUGUCCAGUGAGGUUGGCAAAGGUGACAUGGUAGAGCAGGAGAAAGUUAGUGCAACAAAUAUAUGUAAAAGGUUUGCAAGAUGUGUUAUAUGAAAAUAAAAUACUGUGUAAAUAGGACAAACAUAAAAGAAAGACAAAUGCUAAAUUAGCUCAACAGUUGAAAAAAUUGUAUAAAUCCAAAUAAAUUGUAUCGCAAUACUCAAUGUAUUGCAAAAUGUUAAAAAUCACAAUAAUAUUGUAUCGUGGCCCAAGUACCGUGAUAAUAUCGUAUCAUGGGGCCACUAGUGAUUCCCACCCCUAACAUUUUCCCUGAACUGCAGCUCAGCACCUCACAAAUAUUUUCCCACAAUUAAGGCUGUAAAAGACACACUUUGGACACCAGUCUAGGAACAACUGCAAUGUUUUAUCGUGUAAAUAAAUAUGUACAUAAAAUUUCAACACUGUGACUCAGUGGGUUAGUUGCACUCUGCUCUUGUGUUUUACUGUUUGGUUAAAAAACAGUGUUUAAUAUCUUGAUGCUAUUAUGUGUCUGUCUAUGGACAGUAAAAUAAAGGCAUAUAUUCAAUCAUAAUAAUAUUAGAUGGUUAUGACAUUCAUGUUUUGCUUCACUGUAAAAGAGGGAAUAAAACCAUAAGUGCACAAAAUUAUGUGGACAUACUCUAGGUGUCCUCUUUCUGUCUGACAUAUAUACUGUAUGUAUGGGAUCUGUAGUCCCACCCCUUUCAGCCCAACUGGUUUAUUUUCAUUGUUUUGCAAACAUAAUGGUCAUCAACUCACUGGUGUGUAACUUAUUUCUAUAACCCAACAGUAAAGAGUAGGGGUGUCCUGAUACAAUAUUGAUAUCAGAUAUCUGUCUGAUAUCAGCAAAAAACUGAAUAUCGGCCUGCAUCUAAAAUUUCCGAUAUCAGAACUCUGAUACAAGCAGUCCAUUCCAGACUCCGCUACAGCACCUCUAUCUAGCAGCACACAGAUCCAGCCUGUAGAGAACAUGUAAUCACAACAACAGUGUGUACUUAGGUACUAACAAAGUACCAAGGAGUAGGAGUGAUGUCGGCCCUGUGACAGUAUUUUUCAUUAAAGUCCGAAAAAGACGUUGCAGCUGAGUGCAAAACUUGUCAUGCACAAGUUUGUGCCAAUAUCAGAUCAAUAUCGGUAUCGGCCAGUAUUGAAGGCUACAAUAUCGGUAUCAUAUUGGAGGUAAAAAAAAAAAAAAAAGUUGAAUCGGGACACCCCCAGUAAAGAGUAAUACAGCCAAUGAUGCUGAAUGAAUCGUAUCAGACAGUGUCAAGUAUUCAAAAGAUUGCAUCAAAAGCUUGGCUGUCCCCAGUCUUGUUUACCAGCUCUUAGGUUUUUGAUAGAAAUUUUCCAACGGAUUAUUUAUUUUGUUACAGAUGAAUGUAAAUGUAUUGCUAAAAGAUGGAUUCUCUUGUUCAGGUUUCAGAAAUUUCUGUUUGAGUUGGGAACGGCUGGCUGUCAUCUGUUCAGAAAUAACUGUAUUUUGUAGUGAAGCAACUGAUUCAUGAGAAGAUCUGCCUAACCCUCCUCACCGCUUUGUCCCCUUUCUCUUUCUCCUUGUCUAACAGAAACUUCUGGGUAAUUCUCUGCUCAAGCUAGAGGGUGAUGACCGUCUGGACAUCAAUUGCACUCUGCCUCUCACUGACCAGGUGAGUGACAAAAACACAAACCAUCAUCAACAGUAUUACAAAAAAGUUUUCCUCAUGUUUAUCUAUUUUUUGCUUUAUUCUCUUCCGCAGAUCGUGCUAGUGGGCUCUGAGGAGGGUCUGUACGCUCUGAACGUCAUAAAGAACUCUUUGACCCACAUCCCUGGCCUGACCUCCGUUUUCCAGAUUCAAAUCCUGAAAGACCUCGAUAAGCUGCUGAUGAUCACUGGUCAGUGAGGCAUCUGUAUCUCUGUGUUAGUGGAUGAUUCUGGGCACUGACUCUUGUUUUAGAGGAUCUGAUCCAAAUAAAUCAGAUAAUGCCUGCAUGUCAGUCCUUUGAAAAUGAAGGAUCGUGUCUACUGUUUUAGCACUUUAAGACCUCUAACUGGUAAAGAUGUGAAUUCAUGAUUGCUUGUGUUUCUGAUUGUUGUAUUUACCCUGUCCUACAGGAGAGGACAGAGCCCUGUGUCUGGUAGAGAUCAAAAAGGUCAAACAGUCUUUGUCGCAAUCCCAUCUCCCUGCCCCACCCGACCUCAACCCCUUCAUCUUUGAGACAGUCAAGGGAUGCCACCUCUUCUCCUCGGGGAAGGUGUGUUACGUUUUUGUGACUUUAACCGUGAAAAAUCUAGGUUUUAAUGAGCCGAGAAUAAAACCCCAUUGCAAAGUGGUGUGCUGUCUGAUUGUAGAUAUUUACUGCUGUCCUGAUUGCAGUCUUGUUGUUUUUUCUUAACAGAUAGACAAUGGCAUCUGUAUCUGUGCUGCUAUGCCUAACAAGAUUACAAUUCUGCGACUCAAUGAAAGCCUGAACAAGUUCUGUAUCAGAAAGGUGAGUGCAGCCGAUGAUGGACACGUAGAAGAUAAAGUCAUUCAAAAAAAUCUGUUUUGUAGUAAAGGAGAUGAUCUGUUGAUCCUCGGAGAGACAGGAAACUGGGAAAAAAUGGUUUAACUUUGUUUGUAUUUUUAGGAGAUUGAGACAUCAGAGCCGUGCAGCUGUAUCCACUUCACCGGCUACAGUAUCAUCAUCGGCACCAACAAGUUCUAUGAGAUUGAGAUGAAGCAGUACGUGCUGGAAGGUAGGUCCACCUCCACUCUGACUGAUUGAUUGAUAUUAUUUAUAGUAGGCAUCAGGACGCGAAUCUUCUGUUGAUGUUACUUUAAAAAUAAUGAAUACUGUUUUCCAGAUGGUGCUCUAAGCAAGUUUACACAGUUGAUUUUCUGUCACUGUCAAGUUUCAACAUUCACACCUGGGUAAGCUCACUGACGGCGAUUUGAUUUCUCUUCACAGAGUUUCUGGAUAAGAAUGACGUGACGCUCGCUUCAGCUGUCUUCGCCGCUUCCUCCCACAGCUUCCCUAUCUCCAUCAUCCAGGUCACCACUGCUCCACAGAAGGAUGAAUACCUGCUCUGUUUCCAUGGUAAAACAGAUUAUUUUCUGCACGUGUGGGCAUAAAUUUAUAAUACCUUGAGCUGUUGUUAGUCAUAGAGACACGUAUCAGGGGAUGAGCUAAAUUUCUAAUGGGGAAAAUGUGCAUUUAUUCCAGCUGUAGAUGGUGUUCUUAUGCUUUUGUUCUCUACUCUUGAUUUCUCAUGUUGUUGUCAACAUUUUUGUCGCAGAGUUUGGUGUGUUUGUGGAUGCAUAUGGCCGCAGGAGUAGAAGUGAUGACAUCAAAUGGAGCCGCUUGCCUCUUUCAUUUGGUGAGUGUAAACCUCCUAACAAUGAUUUUUUUUCUCUCCAACUUAUCAAUAUACAUUAUGUGUGAUGAUAUUUAUUGAUUUUGCUCUUGCAGCUUACAGAGAGCCUUACCUGUUUGUGACCUACUUCAAUUCCCUGGAUGUUAUUGAAAUCCAGGGACAUGCUGCUCUGGGGUAAGAAUCCCUUCUGCUCUGGUGCUCUAGUUUGAUUUUACAAAAAUCGUUUAUUUUCUUGAUGAACAUUAUCAACGUGUUUAAACAUCUCAACACUGUGACAUUUCACAUGACAGGAAUGAAACUGUAGCUUCAACAGAACCAUCAUUCAGAAUCCUGAGUCUAGUGUUUGUGUCUUUGCGUAGGCCCCACUCAUAUGCACACCUGGAUAUCCCCAACCCACGCUACCUUGGUCCAGCCAUCUCCUCUGGGGCUAUCUACCUGGCAUCUUCUUACCAGAAUAAACUGAGGGUCAUUUGCUGCAAAGGAAACCUGGUUCAGAGCCAGGAAGGUGGAGGAGACUUGCAGCGUAACGGCUCCGGUCGCAGGUAAGAACAAAUACUAUUAAUGAAACUUUCUGCAGACUAUGCUUACUCUCUGCUCUUUAAAUAAAGCGAUUUAUCCAAUUCCUCCUAAUUUAUACCCUAAAUGGUGGCUGUCAUGCAGUAGGUGUUAGUGGGUGAUAAUUUUUUUUUUCACAUUAGGGUUUACACCUCUCUCAUCUGUAAAUGUUGCACAAUUUUGCAUCUAGUAAGGUGGCUAAAUAAGGGUGAUGCUAAGUGGGCAUGUUGCUCUAGUGGUAAUUAACCCCAUAGGGUGUAAUCCAGACAUGAAGCAGGCUUCUAGAGCGACUUCAAAUUUAUAUCAUACGACAUAAAAUUCCAAAUAAGUUUGAAAAUGUUUGUAAACACGGAUUAUAACCACCUGAAUAAAAACAGAUUUCAAAGCAGAAAUGUUGUGUUUAACCAACUCUUCGGCCUUUUUCAAAUUAGUUUUCUUAUCGUGUCAUUUUUAUUUGUUAUUUAUAUAAGCGAAAAGAUGAGGAUUAUAGCAUCAAAACAGUUUGUCUGAAAAAUCUUACAAAUUCACCUGAACAUUUUCUGCUUGUUUUUGUUUUAAUGCUUCAACUGAGAGAAGCACACUGCACUCCUUACCACACGGUCACUGGUGUUUUCAAAGGUUCAGUGGGAUUAGCAGGUACUGGCCAGCACAGGUCAACAUCCACGGGUGGAGGUGAUAAUACUACAGUCUUAAUAUCUGAUCCAAGCAGCAAAGUAACACCUUCAUUUUGCUCUUUACAGGAGGAGGAGCUCGUUUUUUAUCUGUAACAGAUCCUGAAAAUAUUUUUCAUAUUCAAAUUUUAAACAUUUUUAACACCUCCUGUUAAAUGUCAAAGGAAAUCGUAGAAUAAAGAUGGACUUCCUGUUUUGUUGUGCUUAUGGUCUCAUAUUUUGAAUCUCAAUAAUAAAAGAAGCCUUAACACUCUGAAUGCUCUUUUUGGAGAUGUUUGAAAGCCAAUGAAGGCCUCAUUCUACAGUUUUAUUCUGGUUAGCUACUGAACAUGGGGCAGACUUGAUUCCUGAUUCACAGUUCUCAUAACACCCGCUGUUGACCUGACUGUGCCAAGCCAAUCCCGCACAUUGAUUUAAAAACUAUUUCCCCCAAUGACCAUCACUCCCUCAUCGUGUUUAUCCCCCGGUUCCUCAGCCCUAACAAGCGUGGGCCUCCCUCUUACAACGAGCACAUCUCUAAGAGGCUGGCAGCCAAUCCCAUGGUUCACGGAGACCCGGGCACACCUCACCGCUACCGAGAGGCCCGCACAGAGUUUCGACGGGACAAGUCCCCAAGCCGUCCACUGGAAAGGGAGAAGUCUCCAGGUAGGAUGCUGGAGAGCCGGAUAAUGGGGUCCCCUGGAAGAGCCAUGGCAGACCCACGGUUAGAGCGCUCCCCAGGGAGGGCCAUGGCUGACCCUCGCAUGGACCGCUCUCCUGGCCGGAUGAUGGAAGUUCACAGGGAGAGGUCGCCUGGAAGAUACGAGGAGCGCCAAAGACUCCAUACUGGCUCUGGACGUACACCCAUAAACCCCGUCAACAAGGUCUGUCAGUCAGUCAGAUUCUUUUUACUCUAUAUCACCACAUUUGCUGUUUGCAUUUGAUGCUGUACUCUAACUGCUGAACCUCAGUCAUGAAAACAACACUUUAGCAUCAGUGUUCCCCUGAAGAUGAGACUUUUUGACUUGAUCCUGCAAAAGGUUUUAGCUGUGAAACAUAACGCUGAUAUUCAAAGACUCCAAAGGAUACAUGUCCUGGUCAUUUUACCCAUUUACAUUGAGUGAUCCCCAACCUUCAACUCUUGCCCUUUAAUGCCUGAAACCACAAAUUAUGGCCAGAAAAUUCCAAUUUUUUUUGGAGCUGAAAUGUUUAUUUCAAUUACUACUGAAAACCAAAAAAUUAAAAUGUCCUUAAAAUUAAACAAAUAUAAAUAUUUAUCUCAUUUGAUACAUAAGAUGUUUUUGGAAACUGAUAAACUACAAGAGGAAAUUUUUAUAAUUUAUCGGACUAGAUUCAGGUUUUUUUUUUUUUUUUUUUUUUGUAAUUUGUUGAUCAUAUUGAUUUAAUAGAAGUAUCAUAAAGUAUGUAUCAAAUAUGAUACAAAGGGCAUUAAAGGCUGAGAAUCAACAGGCUCAAUUCCAGUUUGUCUGAUUUUUUUUUUUGUCUGCAAAACUAGCUGCAAUCAUCAGCUGUAUUUUGUGUUAGUUAUACAAAGCAAAUAUUGACACGGUGGCAAAUAAACUCAGCUGGUUGGCUUUUUUACGUCAGUUUAUUGAAGACUAUCACUGUGUGCCUGUGGGAACACUAUUCAAACCAUCAAGCUGAAAAACAAACUUGCUUUUGCUACAUUUAUUGUGUGUUUUUGCUGUGGUUUUCAGUCAACAUCAAAUUACUUCAACAAUCGGCAAGUCCUUGUAUGUGUUUGUCUGACUCUCUGUUUUCGACUCCAUCUUCCAGGUUUGGGAUCAGUCAUCUGUUUGA